AUGUUCCGCGGCAGUGUCUGGUUCCGACUGCUCGGCUGGGACGUCCCGACCAUCGCUCUGCAGAUGCUCCAGUUCGACGCACUGACGCUCGGCGAACACGAGUUCUACCGAGGACCCCUGGGAGUCGAACGGGUGCUGAAAACGCUGUCCGAGAGGCAGAGCGCCGCGCUGGUCCUGUGCAACGGCGACUUCUCGCGCGAGUCGACGCUGGUGGCCUUCCCUCUGCUCAAGUCCCUGGUCCUCACCAGAGGCAACGUUCGCGUCGGCCUCAUCGGAUACGUGCGGGACGACCUGAACGCCACCUCGCAGCCCGGCCCGACCCUGGGGAUCAGCAGCGACUUGGAGUGCGUUCGCCAGCAGGCCGACGCCAUGCGGGCCCAGGGCGUGGACGUGGUGAUCGCGUUCGGCGGCGGCAACCUGACCGCGGACCGCCGCAUCGCCCAAGAGGUGAUCAACGUCUCGGUGCUGGUCACCAAGUACGAGGACCAGUUCGCCUAUCCGACGACCACGGAGCCCGAGUUCCACAAGCCCGUGGCCUUCGACUACCCGAUGAAGGUGGCGCGCAAAGACGGCAGCCAAGGCUACAUAGUUGCCUCCAACAAAUUUGUCCAGUUCAUCGGAAUGGUAAACGUCACCGUCGACUCCAUCACAAGGAAGGUGGUGAAUGUUCACGGGUCGCCCAUCUUGCUGGAUGAAAGCAUUCCUUUAGGUAUGUGA